GCUUCAACGCAGCAUGGACAUCCCGUCACUCUGCCUUUUCAUCUCAGCCACACUGAGGGUCCACCCCGACAGAUCUCAGUUCUUUCCGUACGAGACCCUCGCUCUGACUUGUGCAGUGCCGGGGAACUUCAGCGGCUGGACGGUGGUGAGAAACACUUCCUCUGAGUCAUUUCAGUCAUGUGAAGCCGGCUGGGGUCGCACAGACGCCCCCUCCUCCUCCUGCACCAUUGGGGGUAUCUACCUGUCAGAGAGUGGACCGUACUGGUGCGAGUCCAAGCGAGGGGAGUGCAGCAACGUCCUCAACAUCAGGGUGCACGCUGGUGUUGUGAUCCUGGAGAGCCCUGCGCUUCCUGUGACGGAGGGAGACAGCGUGACACUUCGCUGUUCCUACAAGGUAAGACCUGCGAAGCCCUCCACGUCGGCUUUCAACGCAACGUUCUACAGAAAUGGCGUCAUCGUCGGGACUCAGCCCGACGGAAAGAUGAUCCUCCCGGCGGUGUCCAAGUCUGACGAAGGCUUCUACAAGUGUCAACACCCCACAAAAGCAGAGUCACUGCAGAGUUUGCUGGUGGUGAGAGUCAGAGCCCAGCCCGGAAGCGAAAGUGUCCCUGCCACUCUACCUGACACGUCCGUGUCUCACCUCAGGCUGGCGUGUGCCGUCCUGCUUUUUAGCUUCUACAACGGCAUAAUGAUAGUGUUUGUGCACAAGUACCGGAGGUGGGCCCGAGCUCGAGCUGAGGCUAAGAGGAGAGCUUCUGAUCGUCUCGCACGGGAGCGAUGAGGCCGGUUUCCUGCGGGGACGACGAUGAAGAAGACCACGUUAUAGGCGAACCAAUAUUACUGCGAA